AAGAAGAAGAGAAGGGGGGGCAGUCAGCUGGUAACACACAGGAAACUUCCUCCACAUGUUCAGCAACCUGCACGCGGCUUCAUGACGGCCAAGGUGUUGCUGUUGUUCUUCGCUAAGAGCGCCGAGCUGACUGGACUGAAGCAGGAAGAGGCUGUUGCCGUGCCAACACCAAUCAGCAGCCGGGACCUUUGGACACUGUUGCUACGGCGACACCCGAGACUCUCCGUCCUGCAGGAUCAGGUGGUGUUGGCGGUGCGUCAUCAGUACGUUGCCAUCGGCGACCAGGUGGUGACUCUGGGAGACGGGGACGAGGUUGCCGUGGUACCGCCGCUCAGCGGAGGCUAAAGUCACGCGUGAGGAUGAGGAUUUUUUCUUCUCAGAUGGCCGAGUUAGAGGAGCGGCGAGACGUCUUCAAGCUGAGCCGUGAUUGGCUGUCCGUACAGGAAGUGGUGGACUCCGUCAGCAGUGCUUCCUGUGGAGCCAUUUCUGUUUUCAUAGGUUAAUAUUUCACUC